UGCACACAGCUUUUCAUGGGCUCCUCGGCUCCGUCUAAGACUUGUCCAGAAUCUGGUACCGCCUUGAAGGUGGGGCUGGUUCCCAGCCUGGCCAAUGGCGCUCAGGGUGAGGGUUGAGGGGUGGGAGGUGCCUGCCGGCGGAUAGUGCAAGAUUAUUCCCUCGUGAGUGCUGGGCUACCAGGUGGUCAUGGACGUGGUCUCGGCCGAAGAGUUGGACGAAGAGGAGCAGAUGGUGAGAAGGCAUCGCAAGGAGAAGAAGGAGUUGCAAGCCAAAAUUCAAGGUAUGAAGAAUGCUGUUCCCAAGAAUGACAAAAAGAGGAGGAAGCAACUCACUGAAGAUGUUGCUAAGUUGGAAGCAGAAAUGGAAAAGAAACAUAAAGAGGAACUGGAGCAACUGAAGCUGACUUCUAAGGAGAGUAAAAGAGAUUUUGAUGCUGUUAACAUUUCAAACUUGGUCCUUGAGAAUCAUCCGCCUCGGGUAUCACGAGCACAGAAGAGACGGGACAGAAAAGCUGCACUGGAAAAGGAGCAGAAAGAAAGGAUAGCGGAAGCCGAACUUGAGAACUUACACGGAGCCAGACAUGUGGAAGGUGAAAAGCUCGCUCAGAUACUGGCAGCGCGACAGCUGGAGAUCAAACAGGUCCCGUCGGAUGGCCACUGCAUGUACAGAGCCAUCGAAGACCAGCUGCAGGGGCGGGAGAGCCCUCUGACUGUUGCUGCCCUCCGGAGUCAAACUGCUGAAUACAUGAAAGGCCAUAUGGAAGACUUCCUGCCCUUCUUAACAAACCCUAAUACAGGAGAUAUGUACACGCCAGAAGAGUUUGGAAAGUACUGUGAUGAUAUUGUGAACACAGCUGCAUGGGGAGGUCAGCUUGAGCUGAGAGCCCUGUCUCAUAUUUUACAAACACCAAUAGAGAUAAUACAGGCAGAUUCUCCUCCUGUUGUAGUUGGUGACGAAUAUCCGAAAAAACCAUUAAUACUUGUAUAUAUGAGACAUGCGUAUGGCUUAGGAGAACAUUACAAUUCUGUUACAUGCUUGGGGAACAGAGCUACUGAAAAUUGCAGCUAGUUUACAAAAUGUUGCACAUUGGUGUUUUAGUACAGCGUGCUGAUAUGAGUAUUCGUACCAAGUGCUGGAUUGUUCUAAACAUUACUGAAAAACACAACUACCUUAAAUCAGUUUUAUGACAAAGCUGCUAACAAGUUUUUUUAAAAAAUGUCAGAGAUAAACUUUAACCAGUGUCACCAUAGUGGUAUUUUGAAAACACCUAUGAGUGCAUUGUGGAGAACAUCACUCAUAGACCAAGAUGCAACCCUGUUUGCUUUAUUAAUAUAGGAUCCUGAACAUUCUGUUGAAAUAAAUCUUAAAUGUUUAACUAAAAGCUUUCAGUAACCAUGUCAGUGUAAUUUUUCUUGAAGGAAUGAGAUGAAUCAGUUUCUUUGUCAUUGCAGUAAUGAUGGGGUGGUGAUAGCAGAUUUAAUCAUGCCAAUACAUGAACUUGAUUGACCUUGGCUGGGUGGCUCAGUUGGUUAGAGCAUCAUCCCGAAUGCCAAGGCCGUGUGUUUGAACCCUGGUCAGGGCACAUACGGAAGCAACCCGUGCAUGCGCGAAUAAGUGAAACAAUAAAUCGAUGUUUCUCCUUCCUCUCUCUAAAAUCAAUAAUAAAAAUAAGUAAAUAAUAAACUUGAUCGCAGUAACCUUGGCAUAAAUGGGAGUACUAAUGUGAAACUUUUUUUAUAACCCUACCAAAGUGAAGCUAAGAAGCUUGUUUUAAUGAUUAAGAAUUGUAAAAUGUUUUGUCCAGCUGAGAAGCAGUUGUUAACCUUUAUGAAAUGAGGCAAAUUCAAAGGUAAAUAGGUGUUUCUUAUUCUAUUUAAACCUCCUAAGAAUUACAUAUUAGCCUUUUAUUUGUGUGUAAUUUAAAGACUCAACAAAUUACCAUCUAAUUCAUUUGUUACUACUUGCUGUUUCCUAGUGCAAUUUUUGUUAAAAAUCAUUUUUUAUUUUUAAUCGCAGUUGACAUACAUUAUUAUUAGAUACAGGUAUAUACCUUGGUGAUUAAACAUUGAAUAACUUAAUAAGUGAUCAUCCAGGAAAUCUCUCAGCCAUCUGACAGCAUUCAUAGUUAUUAGAUUAUUAAUGACUGUAUUCCCUAUUCACAUCCCCAUGGCUACUCUGUAACAAUUUGUACUUCUUAAUCCCUUCAUAUUUUUUGCCUGUCUUCCAAGGCCCCUCCCAACUAGCAACCAUCAAAAUGUUCUCUAUGUACGAUUCUUUUUCUGUUCUACUUGUUCAUUUUGUUUUUUACAUUCAGUUGUUGAUAGAUACAUAUUGCCUAAUUUUUUUCAAAAUUUUGAUCUUAAAGAGGAUGCUUUGACAUUUUGUGUAACACUGGUUUGGUGGUGAUGAACUCCUUUAAGUUUUUUUCUUGUCUGAGAAGCUCUUGAUCUGUCCUCUGAUUCUGAAUGGUAGCUUCGCUGGGUAGAGCAAUCUUGGUUGAAGGUCCCUGCUUGACAGUCUUACAGACAUUUUCCUGUAGGUGACUGACUGCUUUUCUCUGGCCUGUUCUGUAAUCCACAAUCUGAAAUUUAUAAAAUAAUGGAAUUAUAAAAUACUAAACACCUUGGCUUUAUUUUGAAGUAAUCUGUUACUUUAAAGGAUAAGUAUUAUGACGCGUAAUAAAACAAGGUAUUGUGAAACCUAGUAAUUAUAAAUUUCAUCUAUAUUUAAAGUAUUGGAAAAUAUCUUUUUAGCAGCUAUUUUUUUCCUAACAAGUGGCAUUUUCUUGAUUAUAGGUUUAUUUUUAUUUUUAUUGUUUUUAAUUUUUAAAUGGUCAAUAUUGUUAUGAACAAUAUUUAUAUGGGUAGCUUCUGUUCAUUCAUAGAACUUCAGAUAAAAACAAUUUGAGUCGUAACCUAAAACUACAGUCUUUAAAAAAUGGCAGAUAUUAAUUUAAAAGCAGGUAUGCUAGUUCAAUUUGCUAUAUGAUGAUUUCAUAAGCUUUAUUUUCAUUAAGCUUUCUUUUUUGUCAUAACUCAGAAAGAAUGUUGGAGUUCUGGAAUAUGUGUUAAGCCAAGAAUUUUAUCCAGUUAAAUAUGUUUACAACUUGUAUUAAGCAAAAAAAAAAUAAAGGAGUAUGUAUAACUAUAGUGAACAAUAUUGUUUUGUUCAUAUUAUCUGUUUGCCAAAAGAAGAAUAAAAGAUGAAUUAAAUGAA